AUGCGGGCGAUGCUCAUCCAGCAAGGGCUGGCGGCAGCAUUGUCAACUGGGAAGGCGGAUGAAGUGCUCGACGAAAAGGCGACCGCAAAGAAAGAGGAAUUGUUGGCCAAGUCGCAUCUCACGAUGGUGUUGUGUCUUGGAGGCGAAGGAGACUACCGUGGUCGGGAUCCUAACGAAAUUGGAGAAUCUCGUUUGUAUUCAUACAAAUUCCAAGAGGAGAAGGGCAUUCUUGAGCAGCUAGAGUAUUUCAAUAAAGCGAUAGAUGAUCUCGAGAAUAUUGAUGUCACAAUCAAAGACGAGGAUAAGGUGAUUCUUCUCCUUAAUGCACUGUCGAAGUCGCAUGAGGAAUUGCAAGAUGCUAUAAUGUAUGGUAGGGAAGGUACCAUCACCUUUUUUGAAGUCCAGUCGGCGCUGGGGGCCAAGGAGUUUCCAAGAAGUAGAAGUCAGGUGCAAGAUCAGGCUGCUGAAAGCCUAAAUAUUAAGGGCUUGUUUGAUAAGUGA